AAAGAAAUAUUCAACUUGCCGAACGAGAGCACUUAGACUUUUUGCCAUUUGUUCUGCGUCCCAACGAAUGCUCCAAGACGACAGCCGUUCCCAAGAAACGCUGAAGCCAGACGGUUAGAAUUAGUACAGGUUUCAGUGCCAUGGGUGUGUCGUGCAUCAUACUCGCGAGCCGCAAACUAAAGAGGCGUUUAAAAUGCCAACUCUUCGCCUUAAACAUAUCUAACGUGCAGGCGUGCAUAGGCGGCAUUUUUGCAACAAUAACGGUGGUCAUUUGUUUCCUUAACUUCGAACUGAUUCGCAAUCAGUUCGGUGAAAGAUCGGCUGCCGAUAUCAACCGAUGGAGGCUCGACCAUCUAGCGAAUGCUUGCAAGCGAUGGAACAAUGGAGGACACACUAACCUUCAACCUGCCUUCUACCUGCACAGCAAAAAUCACAGUUUGGUGUAUUGCUUAGUGUUUAAGGCUGGUACAAGCAGCUGGUUUUACAACUUCAACUCGUGGGCAGGAUACUCGGAGUACGAGAUAAUGCACAUCGACAACCUGUACCUGGCGCGCAAGUUCUACCCCAAGGAAAACCGUCUUACGCUGAUGCAAUCGAUGCAGCACUCUUUCUCGUUCAUUAUCGUCCGCCAUCCGUUCGAACGGUUAAUGAGCGCAUUUGAAGACAGGCUGGCGAGUAGAAAAAAUGCGUACUAUUCACGCGUUGCCCAGGCCAUCUACCGGCGGUAUCAUCCCCUGGGACAGGGCACUGUUUCGUUUCGCGACUUUGUCCAGUACAUUCUCGAUGACGUGCGGCACAAUAACGGUACGAUUGCGUUAGACAUUCACUGGUGCCCUAUUAACAACCUGUGCACACCCUGCCUGGCAAGGUAUGAUUUCAUAAUUAAAUUAGAAACGUACCAGCAGGACGUGGCGGCGAUGAUAGAGGCUGCCAAAUUGCAAGGAAUCGUGAGGCUGGCGCAAAUAAAUCACGUUCGAAAGGAGCCGGUCCGGACGCUGGCCGCGAAAUAUUUUUCACAGAUCACGCGAGCGCAAAUGGACAAAUUGUACAGUAUUUAUGAGAUGGAUUUUGAGCUGUUUGGCUAUUCGGCGGAAACAUACUUUCAAAUACCGAAAGCACUAGUGUAAGUGGCGACCCGCGACACCCCCUCUCGUAGCGAAGGUAGACGUGCAGGAACAUGAAUAAAUGUGGAACGAAAUCUGUUUUUAUUCGUU